UCCAGUUUCUCAGAUAGAUUAGCAACUGCAUUCAUCUGUUUAAUUUUAUUUCAGUCACCUUUAAAUUUCACAAUGGAGCUUUUUAAAUUUUCCAUUCUGGCCUUUGCUAUAUACGCACAGUUACACACUGGUGCGUCAAGUUUCAAUGAGGACACUGAUGUCUGGUCCCUGGAGAAUUGGCAGGGCGAUCCAGCAGAAAGUGGUUUCUCUCUACGCUUUAAUGAUCUGCUGAAGCACUCCAAAUCACACCAGUUUCAUGGGUUAAUGGGCCGAAGUUUAGAAAUUGCUCCACCCCGGCAACUCGGUCGGAAAAUCACAGGAACUAAUGGGGAGACGUUUGUAGGACUGAUGGGCAAAAGAUCUUCAAAGCGGGAUUUUGAAGAGUUACCAGACAAGCUACAGUGAUGCUGCAACAUUACUAUCAUUCUGUAAUGUUCGAAUCGUGUUCAAGAAAAAGAUUUUCAAUAAACACUGAAUUUGUAC